AUGGCCUCCAAUGGCUCUGCCACAAACCGCGCAGACGAAGAAACUCCCCUCCUCCAAGAAGAGAACAACCCUCCCGAAGUUCCCACUUCCACAAGCGGCGACACCGUCACGGUACCUACGACAGAACAAACCAUCAUCCCAGACGAGAUUUCCGCGCGGCGUCUCGUGCUGACCCUGGGAAGUAUCUAUGUUGGGGUCUUCCUAGGCGCCCUGGAUAGUACCAUCAUCGCAACCCUCUCAGCGCCUAUCUCAACCUCCUUCAAUAGCCUUUCCCUCCUCUCAUGGCUCGCAUCUGCAUAUCUUAUCGCCAAUGCGGCGUGUCAGCCCCUGUCGGGACGAUUGACGGAUAUCUUUUCGAGGAGGACGGGCUUGGUGGUUAGUAAUGUGUUGUUCUGUGCGGGGAACUUGAUCUGUGGAUUGGCGAAGGAGGAGUGGGUUAUGAUUACUGGUCGGGUUGUUGCCGGAAUGGGAGGUGGUGGGCUCAUGGCUAUCAGUACAUUCGUGGGGAGCGAUCUAGUCCCAUUGAGAAAGAGAGGACUGAUCCAAGGGAUUGGAAAUAUAUGUUAUGGCUCUGGCGCAGGACUAGGUGGGAUAUUCGGGGGGUGGGUAAACGAUACCUGGGGCUGGCGAUACGCUUUCCUCGUCCAAGUCCCCCUUAUCGUUAUUUCUGGAACCUUGGUCUUCAUAACCGUCGACAUUCCCCCAAAGAAAUCCGAGAAGUCAAAACUCUCCCGUGUCGACUUCCUCGGAGCUACCUCUCUAACCAUAACUCUCGUCCUCCUCCUUCUCGGCCUAAACUCAGGCGGUAAUCUAGUCCCUUGGACGCACCCCCUGGUCCUCGUCUCGCUACCCCUAUCCCUCGCUUCGCUAGCAGCAUUCAUAUACAUCGAAGGCUACAUCGCCAGCGAGCCCGUCAUCCCCGUCAAACUCCUUCUUAACCGAACCGUCGCCGCAGCCUGUCUCUGCAACUGGUUCUGCACCAUGGUACAAUUCAUAAUCCUCUUCUACAUCCCCAUCUUCUACCAAGCCAAAGGACUCUCCACCACCGCUGCAGGCAUGCGCUUGAUCCCCCAAUCCAUUGGAAGUUCCUUUGGAAGUCUCUCUUGCGGACUCAUCAUGAACGCCACAGGAAAAUACAAGAUCCUCUCAGUCCUAUAUCUCGCCUCUUUCGUCCUAGGAACGGGCCUCAUCUGCACCUUAUCCUUCUCCGCACCGGCCUGGCCAGGCAGCAUCUACCAAUUCCUCGUCGGCAACGGCUACGGCGGCAUGCUCACCGUCACCCUCCUGGCCGUCAUCUCGGCCGUCUACCACGAGCACCAAGCCGUCGUCACAUCCGCCACCUACGCCUUCCGCUCCACGGGCUCCACGAUCGGCGUCACCAUCGGCUCGGCCGUCUACCAGAACCUCCUACUUUCCGGCUUGCAUCGUCGAUUUGGCGGUCUUCCUGGUGCAGACAAGGAGAUUGAACGGAUUCGUGAUAGUUUUGAUGAGUUGAAACACCUUCCUGCUGGAUGGGAAAGUGGGGUGUUGCAGAGUUAUGAGGAGAGUCUGAGGGGGGUGUAUUUGACGGGUCUGGGGAUUGCGCUGUUGGGGUUUGGGGUUGCGAUGGGGAUGAGGGAGAAUAGACUUAGUAGUCGAUUAGGGGGACGGGAUUGA